UAUAUUCUUAUUAGAACAGUUACAGAAAUGAAGACACACCACCUUAUAUUCUUGGUCAUCUCAUUCCUGUGGCUGUUUGGUAUGGCCAUGUACUUGAUCAAUACAAGUAGUUCAACGGUAGAUAAGACUAUAUCCGACAAACCUGUCUAUCGCUGUGAGCACAUGGACAUUGUAUAUACAUGGGUCAAUGGUAGUGAUCCCAAACAUAUCAAAUCAAGAAUAGAGCGAUCAGGAGGAAGUAAAUAUGCAGCACCUGGAAACAAUAGGUUUAGAGACUUGAUGGGAUUGAAGUACUCCUUGAGAAGUCUGAAGAAGUUCGCGCCCUGGGUACGAAGAGUGUUUGUCGUCUCAGACAAUCAGUAUCCACAAUGGUUCAAUGAAUCUAGCGAGGAUGUGCGGUUCAUCUUUCAUCAAGAGUUCUUCAAGAACCUGGACGACCUGCCAACAUUCAACUCGAAUGCGAUAGAGACAAACUUCUACAACCUCCCAGACUUUGUAUCCGACUGUUUUGUAUACUUCAAUGAUGAUAUCUUUGUUGGAUCACCAGUAGAGAUGAAGGACUUUUGGGAUCCAGUCUAUGGACAGGCGAUAUACAAGUCAGGCUGGACUGCCCCACAGCCAGAGGCCAAACUAAAGAACAUUUGGCAUGCAUGUAUAAAGUACAGUAACGAAUUACUGAAUGGACUUUGGGGAGUGGACAAUAGCAAUAGACAUUAUUCAUCACAUGGUACAAACACAUUCAACAAGAAUAUACUCAAGAUGAUGCAACAUGACCUGCCCGCGGCAUUUGAACUGAGCUCAUCACAUCCAUUCAGAACGGCGCAGGAUCUCCAGAUGCCCUUCCUGCAUCUCCAAUACGUGUUGCGAUAUUAUGCCACGUUCGAACCCAGUCCUAUCAACUACUAUGCGCUGCUCUCUGAUGAUUUGGACAAGGUCAAGUACGAACUCAAGCGAAUCAAGAGUAUCAAGCCAAAGACCGUGUGUCUCAACGAUGGACUGAGCGUGGACAAUCCAAACAUGAAUGUUAUUGAAGAGCUUCGUCAGUUCUUUGAAGAUUACUUCCCUGACAAGCCGUCAUGGGAG